UCUCCUCUUCUUUUUCCUUCUCCCCCUUUCCUCUCCUUCCUCCUCUCCCCCUUCCCCCUCUUCCUUUUCCUUCCCCCUUUUCCUCCUCCUGGGUUACUCUUUCCCAUUAGACAAUCACAGGCAGGGCAGAGCACACAGCAUCGUUCCUGGGCCCCGGCCCCAGCCACCUUCUUUAACCUUGAAAGCAUUUUUGGGUCUCACAUGUCCACCCAGGCAGCGGCCGCCAGCGAGGGCUCUUACUUCAGAAGAACGGCAUGGGGUGGGGGGGCUUAGGUGGCCUUCACCUCACCUACGACUGCCAAAAGUGGUCAUGGGGUUAUUUUUAACCCAGGGGAGAGGUAUUUAUUGUUCCGCUGCAGAGGCGCCGGCAGGCUCAUUGACUUCUCCAGAGACAGCAGCCAGCUCCAGACACCAUGCCACCUAAGAAAGCCAAGAAGAGACUGGAGGGCGGAAGCUCCAACGUGUUCUCCAUGUUCGAGCAGACCCAGAUCCAGGAGUUCAAGGAGGCCUUCACAAUCAUGGACCAGAACAGAGAUGGCUUCAUCGACAAGAACGACCUGAGGGACACAUUUGCUGCCCUAGGACGUGUGAACGUGAAAAAUGAAGAGAUUGACGAAAUGAUCAAAGAGGCUCCAGGCCCAAUUAACUUCACCGUGUUCCUCACAAUGUUUGGGGAGAAACUUAAAGGGGCUGACCCUGAGGAGACCAUUCUCAAUGCAUUUAAGGUGUUUGACCCUGAAGGCAAAGGAUCACUGAAGGCUGACUAUGUCCGGGAGAUGCUGACCACCCAAGCGGAGAGGUUCUCCAAAGAGGAGAUUGAUCAGAUGUUCGCGGCCUUUCCCCCUGAUGUCACCGGCAAUCUAGAUUACAAGAAUUUAGUCCACAUCAUCACCCACGGGGAAGAGAAGGAUUGAGCUCGGCCUCGGCCUCUCGUGACCUGCGGCCAGGUCUCUGCCUCCAGCCCCGGCCGCUCCAGCCUGCAGGUGCGCACCAUCCUAGGACCGUGUGUGCAAAUAAACAGGAAGUCUUGGACCUAAUCCUGGUGGCCCUUGGCUCAUUGGCUUUUGAGUAGACAAAGUCACAAAGGGUUUGGGUUCU